AUGACAACUAAAGUCACAAUGGCGACGAUCAAAAUCUUCUUCAGGGGAAAGAUGGGAAGAGUACCUGCAGGUUACGCAUAUCCAGAUCCUUACUAUAGAAGUAUAUUUGCUCCCUAUGAUGCAGAGUCUUAUCUCGCACAGCCUUAUGCUACACAGCCAAUGGUCCACCUUCAGUUGAUGGGAAUUCAGCAAGCUGGUGUUCCCUUGCCAUCAGCUACAGUUGAGGAGCCUGUGUUUGUCAAUGCAAAACAGUAUCAUGGUAUCUUGCGACGUCGGCAAUCUCGUGCAAAAGCUGAAUCAGAAAAUAAGGUUGUUAAGUCAAGGAAGCCAUACUUGCAUGAAUCUCGACAUUUGCAUGCACUGAAAAGAGCUAGAGGAUGUGGUGGUCGUUUUCUUCAUUCAAAGAAAAGUGAGAACCAGCAGAAAGAGGUGACAUCUGGUGAUGAGUCAUCAGCCAAUUUCAAUCUUAACUCUGAAAAAAUUGAUUUGGCUCCUUCAGAAAGUGCCUCCUGAUGUUUUGGACACAAUGCUCCUGAAGACGGUCAACCUUGAAACAAUAACCAGGAAACCUAUGCUCCUUAAACAGUCUUGAUGGUCUUGGUAUCUUUGGUUUACAGGUCAAUGAGGCUCCAUACUUUUAGCUGCGUAGUAUGUGCAUAUUGAGCAAUAGGCUUAUGGUAAGGUCGCAAAGAUAGUAGCAGGUAUUUGUUGAUGUGCAAUAGUUAUAUUGUUUGAUUAUGGUCUGUGAGCUUAACAGAAAGACUAGGUUGGUUGAUGCAUGUAGUCAUUAUAUUUUGUUGUUGUCAAUA